CUGACGGCAAACGACAAAAGGAGGGAAAUGAUGAAUUCGGACAAUUUAACCUCCCAAAGCUUCCUCUCUGCGAUUCAUAGCAAUGCCAGCAGUUUAUUCUCAGGGCUCCAGUUUGUUCAGACCUUCAAGCCACUCAUCAUCCCCUGUUACUCGCUGGUGGUUUUUAUUGGUGUCAUUGGGAAUUACCUUCUCAUUUACGUUAUCUGCAAGACAAAAAAAAUGCACAACGUCACCAACUUUCUGGUAGGCAAUCUGGCUUUCUCAGACAUGCUCAUGUGCGCAACCUGUGUACCGCUGACACUCGCGUAUGCCUUUGAGCCCAGAGGAUGGGUCUAUGGGCGUUUCAUGUGCUACUUUGUUUUCCUGAUGCAACCCGUCACUGUGUUUGUGUCUGUCUUUACCUUGACUGUCAUAGCUGUGGACAGGUAUUAUGCCAUGGUGUACCCAUUCCGCAGGAGGCUCACAAUCCCUAUUUGUGCUUAUAUCCUGGCUGCUAUUUGGCUGCUGAGCUGUACCUUAGCUGCCCCAGCCUUGGUCCACACUUACCAUGCAGAGUUCCCAGAACUGGACUUUUCCAUCUGCGAGGAGUUUUGGUUCCACAUGAAAAGAGAUCGCUUAGCUUAUGCCUACAGCACUCUCAUCAUCACCUACGUACUGCCUUUGGCUGUCAUUUCUCUGUCCUACCUGAGAAUCUCAGUCAAGCUGAAAAACCGUGUGGUCCCAGGCAAUGUCACCCAGGGCCAAGCUGAGUGGGACCGAGCAAGGAGGAGGAAGACUUUUCGCUUGCUAGUCUUAGUGGUGGCAGCCUUUGGAGUCUGUUGGCUGCCCCUGCACAUCUUCAACAUGAUAAAGGACAUAGACAUCAGCUUGAUUGACAAGCAGUACUUCAACUUCAUCCAGCUGCUGUGCCACUGGUUUGCAAUGAUGUCUGCUUGUACCAAUGCCUUCCUCUAUGCCUGGCUCCAUGACAGCUUCAGGGGAGAGUUGAAGAAAAUGUUUUCCUGGAGAAAGAAGAAAAUUGGACCGACUACAAAUUGCAUUAUGGCCAGUGUGGUGCUGUAAACAAGAGCUGGUGGGAGUGCA